AGUCACGGUGGGGUGUGGUGGGGUAUGGGGUGUCGGAGGCUGCGCGAGCGCUCGCGGGCGCGGGGUGGCGCGCGCGGCGCUACCCUCGGGCGGGGGCCGGGACGAGGCGACAACCGCUCGUUACCUCCAUCCGAAGCCAGUUAUUAAAAACGUCUCGACGCGAACGGUGCGCCGCCCUGUAAUUAUCCAGUUGAAGGCUCGUCGCGCUACGUUGUCACCACCGUCACCGGAUAUGCAAUACGUGGAUCCGCCCGCUCAACAGAUGAUGAAUAUGAUGCCCAGUUACGGAUACGGGUGUGGACGCGGCGAUGCAAUUUCACCGGCUUCAGACCUCUCGUCAUGCAGCAGUGCUUCAUCAGGCGCGUGGUGCGGCUGGCGGGAGCUGCCAGCGUAUCCUCAGUACCCGUACUGGCCGCCCGCCGCCGCCGAAGAGGCGCGCGACCUCCAGCGCCGCUGCGCCAAGUGCCGUUGCCCCAACUGUUUGACAGAAGCCGCCGGCCUCGGACCUAACUACGGCAAAGACGGUGCUAAGCGUGAACACGUCUGCCACGUGCCCGGCUGCGGAAAAGUCUACGGAAAAACCUCGCAUCUGAAAGCCCAUCUCCGCUGGCACACGGGCGAGCGGCCAUUCGUAUGCAACUGGCUAUUCUGCGGCAAACGAUUCACACGCUCUGAUGAGCUGCAGCGGCACCUGCGCACGCACACCGGGGAGAAGAGAUUCGCGUGCCAACUCUGCACGAAGCGAUUCAUGCGCUCAGAUCAUCUCGCUAAGCAUGUUAAAACGCACGCGAAUAUGACGAGGAAACCUAAGAAAGCUAACUCUGAAGAUAAUGAAGAAUCUGCUAAGGUUACUAAUGAGAAAACUGAGCAGAGAUCUGUAGAGCAAGCGCCAGCUGUGUCAAUAGGCAGCGCGAAUUAUGGAACUGUGCCAGCUGUGAGUGUUGCGUCGAAGCAGAUGUCCAUGCCUCAGUCUCUAAACUACGGAGCAGUUGCGCCGAAUGUGUCUAGUGUCAGUUACAACAGUGGAAUGGUGUUUGGGAGCGGCGCGAGCGCAGGCUGGGUGCCGGACAUGCGGCAAGAGACACUAUAUGCGCGACCGUUGACUACUGUUGCAGCCACUCGCCCUGUCUACCAGUACCCAACCCUGCCGGACACAACCCGGCAGUAUCCAACGCACUUCCCUGCCUACCAGUGUGCUACGAAAGAUAAUUAUACCAUGUUUCAGGGACACUAUAAUCUCCAGCCGCCUGUAGCGCUUGGACAAUAAGUGAAGAAUCGUUUUAAUUUAAAAUAUGACUAUGUUGUGGAUCUAAAGUUAUGGUGGAGUUUUGGUAAUUGCAUGUAUUUUUCUUAAUGGGAUGGGAAGGCUAAAGGUUCCUUGUCAAAAGUUAAUGUCAUGGUCAUAAUCGUAUGAUUUGUUGGAAAGAUGUUGGUUGGAAUAUUUUCUGACGAGUUACCAGAAAGUUUAUUGUGAUCUAUAAUGUAAUUUACUGUAUGUACAUAUUUAGUUAGUUUCUU